AUGGCAGAGGGUUUCUUUGCUAACGAAACAGUAACGGUGUACCUAUCGACUGGUAAGAAGAUAAGGCUGAGUGAAUUCCUGGUGGGAUGCACACUGGCAACCCCAGGUAGAAAUUUCACCGACGGCAUUCAUGGAAUGCUGGCGUUGGGAGCCAGUCCCUACUCCUUCGCUGGUCAAGCCGUAGAAAUCUUCGGAGGCAAGUUCUCAUAUUGCCUGGUUGAUAUUCUGAGCCCAAAGAACGUAUCAAAUUACAUAGUGUUCGGCCACAAUGUACAUCCACCAAACAUGCAGUUCACAUCCCUCAUCGUCAACAAGAUAGCCCCGUUUUAUGCAGUCAGAGUGAUCGGAAUCUCGGUUGGUGGUGAGCUAUUAGGAAUUCCGUUGAGUGUUUGGAAUGAAGACAGGGAAGGAGGAACCAUUAUUGACUCCGGUACCAGCUUGAUGCAACUGGCAGAACCCGCUUACAGACCUAUCAUGGACGCUUUCAUUUCGUCGCCGGGAUUGAAGGAUUACACCAGGGUGGACGACGAGGAUUUUGAGUUCUGCAUCAGUGUUAAACCGGGAGAGUUGGACGAGGAACGAGUGCCUAAAUUAGUUAUCUAUUUCGCCGAUGGGGCUCGUCUUGUGCCGCCGGUGAGGAAUUAUCUCCACGAAGCGGCUCCCGAAUUGAUGUGUUUAGCCUUUCAGCCUGUUCCUUUUCCGGGUGUCUCCGUAAUUGGGAAUUUGAUACAACAACAUUAUUUUUGGGAGUUUGAUUUCAUGAAGCGGAGAUUGGGUUUUGCACCCUCCUCCUGCACUCAACAUGGCCAUUGA